AUGUCACCUAAAUAUGAACCUGAUUCUUCUCCAAUAGAAACGACUAGAAGAUCACCUUCACCGGCAGCGUCACGACGUCGAUCAUCCUCUCCACAACCUGAAUACAAGUCAGCCAGCACAACAACAUCCACUACAACACAACACAAUGACAAUGACAAUGAUAAUGAUAAUGAUAACGACGACAAUGACCGUACUCGUGAUAAUGAUCGUGACAAUGAUCGUGAUAAUGGAUCAUCACAUGAUCGUAGCCAUGAUCGUGACCGUGAUCGUGAUCGUGACAAUGACUCGGAUGAAGAGCGCGCACCAAGAAGUAAAUCAGACAGAUCGGACAGGUCGGACAGGUCAUCAGACAGACGACAUAGUUCGUCAUCUUCGUCGUCAGGUGCUAAGCGCGACUCGGAUGGUAACUCUGGCAACCUCUUUGUCAACUUCCUUCCAACAUCAAUAACCGAAGCAUCAUUGCGCGAGAUGUUUGAUCGCUAUGGAGAUAUUGACUCUUGUCGUGUCAUGGUCGACCUACACACUGGUCAAAGCAGAGGAUUCGGCUUUGUAAGAUACAGAGACAACUCAUCAGCUCAAGCAGCAAUACAAGCGAUGAAUGGAGCAAAGGUUGAGUCAAAGAUGCUACUUGUACGCUACGCGAACAAUGACUCUGCAUCAACUUCAAGGGACCAAUCACAUCACAGCAGUCACAGCAGCAGCCACAGCAGCAGCCACAGUGGUCACAGUGGUCAUGGUGGUCACAGCAGUCACAGUAGUCACAGCAAUCACAACAGUCACAGCAGCCACAUGCAGAUGGAUGAUCAACAGUAUUCCCAAUCGACCGACAACCUAUACAUCAAAGGACUACCCUAUAACUUCACAUCGGACCAACUGGUCAGCUUGUUCUCAAGCUACGGAACAAUCUUAGAGUCCAAGAUACUGAUGGACAUUGUCACCAACACCAGCAGGGGCCAGGCGUUGGUCCGUUUCGCCGAUGACGAGUCGGCAGCCAAAGCCAUCAAAGGUCUGAGCAACUACAAGUUCCCAGGUGCCACACGUCCAAUCGUUGUAAAGUACGCCGACUCUGACGAGGAGAAGUCACAAAGGAGGAUGAAAACGUCGGUCCGCGGUGGCAGGCCAACAAACGUCCGAUACUCCCCAUACCCAGCACACUCUGGUCCAGUAGUAUAUCCAUCUGCCGCUUACUAUAUGCCACCAAUGCCACAUAUACAGGCACCAAUGAUGGCCGGUGGAUUUGGAGCUGACCCAACCAACCUGUACGUCUACAACCUGCCGCCCGAUGCUGAUGACGCACUGCUGUACCGUCUGUUCAGUCCAUCGGGUGCCAUUGCCAGUGUAAAGAUCGUCAAGGAUCCAAUCACACAGGCUUGCAAAGGUUAUGGAUUCGUUAGGAUGGUCAACUUCCAGGAUGCAGUCUCUGCCAUCAAUUCACUCAACGGUAUCCAAGUCGAAGUCAAACACUACUCUCUAUUAUCAUAA